AUGGCUGUUGCCCCGGAAUCCGGUGGCCACAGGGAUGCCAGUCACGAAACGAGCGAACCAUAUCGCCGUUACCGCCAGAACGCAGAUGAAUCCGGGUCUUUCCACAACACUCUGUCAGCAACGGCGACACCAGACAUGUCAGAGAGCUUGUCCGAUGCGAUGGGCGACCACGUGGCGACGGCCGUGCGCUCGAGCAGCAACGCGAAGUUAACCCUGGUGGCCGUCGCAGUGGCGCUCUUCGUUGUCUUUGUGGUGCUGCUCAUGCGCUACGGGUACCCCAAGGCUGUACAUCACGACGUGCCCACGAGCAGCGUCUGCGACCACGAAUCGUGCCACGAGUAUUCGCAGCUCCUGCGUGCCUCGCUCGCCGGCUCCGUGAACCCGUGCCACAACUUCUACGCUUACGUCUGUCACGGAGUCCGGGACCCGGGAGGCACGGGCGCCAGCAUUCUGUCGUUGACGCGCGAGAGAGUGAUCGACGCCUUGCUCGACGAGUGGCUGCGCGCAAACGACACGCGGCAACGGGACACGCGAGUGGCCGACAAGUCUCUCUGGGCCGGCAAACUGCUGCGGAUGUGCGUCACCCAGCACGGAUCGGGGGAAGGCUCUCUCGUGGAACUGCAGCGAUUCAUGAUCAAGAUGAAUCUCACGUGGCCCCGCGUCGACGACAAUGAGUAUCUGGACACGUUGGGCACGCUAGUCAAGUUAUCUCUCUUCUGGAACGUAGACGUGUGGUUUUCUAUGCGCGUUCUGUACGUAAACUCGUCCACGCGAAGGCCCACGUUUCGAUACGGCAGAAGCGAAAGCUACGUUGAGUGGGACGCAAAGAGGAAGCUGCUCCUCAAGAAGAACGCCUACGCCAGCUUCCUGCAGCCUUACAUCAGUGUCUUCGGUGUAAACGAGGCGGAUCAGUUAAAGGACAUCGCAGAGAGGCUUAGCGCGAUCGAGGAAGAGACCUCUGGUAUACUGGUAGCGCCGUGGAAUUGGGUCCGACAGAGCGGCCCCCGUGUCCUGAGAGUAGCGGAGAUGCAGCCGAACGGCUCCCAUGCCUACGUUUGCGACUGGACGGUGGCUGUAGCCGGGGCUUUCAACGCUUCGACGAAGGAGUUUGCCGACGACGCCGUGGUGGUAAAAAAUGCGAGCCUCCUCUACCGCGUCAACAUGCUCCUACAGCUAAACAGCGACAGAGCAAACGUUUGCGCGCUGGCAAUUGGAUGGAGCGUCGUUAGGGACAUCGGAAGCUUCCUGGAUGCCAGCCUUAGCCAGGCGUACGGCAUGACGUCCAGAAACGUUGCCGAGCGCUGCAUCUACAGACUCGAUCAGGGCAUAAGUUUAACAGAAUUGCUCGGCUACAGUCGUAUCCGCGAUCGAUCACCUUCAGCUGGUGGCGCGCAGUUGACCAAGCCGGCGCUGACGCUGAUGCUGUUCCGGAGGAUGCUUCGGGACGAGCUGCUGCUACGGGUGCGCAGGGUGUUCCACGCGGUGCAGGACGCCGCCAUAGAGGCCCUGGACUGGAACCUCUGGAUGGACAGCGGCACCAAGCGCAGGGCACUGUUCAGCGCCCGCCGGAUUGCACUCGUGACGCGGCUUCCACGUGCGUCCGACUUGAGCGACGGUGAAACCGAGCUACCACGCCUGGGCGAGGACCAGAGUUUCUUCGCAGCGUGGAAGGCUGCCGUGGAGCACAUGCGGGCGGUGAGAUGCGGCCUCCUUCGUUGUGCUUGA